UGUUACUAAUGAAAGUUAGCUUCCACUUUGAAAAGAACAAUCCACACGCAUUCGUAUCAAUUCCAUGCUAAACCAUCCCCUUGUUGCCGGUACCAUUGAAACAAAGUGUGUUGAACAAGAUUUCAGUGGAAACUCCAGUGCCCAAGAUGGUACAGUCAGUUUACGGUACCGGUACCGCUUGGCCAUCCCUCCAAAAGAUUUUGAGAAGUGUCACAAAACAGAGCUGACGAACACAGAACUUGAAGCAACCGAGAAGAACAGAGCACCAAGUUAGCCUCCCUCUCAUCCAAAUCCAUAUCCAAAUCCAAUACAUCCACUACAUCCACCAUACAAGAAGAAAACAACAAAAUCAAAAUGUGCUCUACUAGUAAUGCUGCCGAGGAAAAUCGCAUGGAAGGUGUUGUCCUUGAUGCCAAAACUCAAAAGGCUCCUCUUACGGCCACUGCUGCCGAGCUCAAGCGCAUGUUUGAAGUCAUCGAAAAGGAAAUUCUACCCGUGACGACAGAAGGUGUGGCCAAAGGGAACAAGGUGUUUGGUGCCUCCAUCCUGAACAAGGACUUGUCCACAGUGACGGUGGGAACCAACGCUGAGACAGAGUGCCCAUUGUUCCAUGGUGAAGUCAAGUGCAUCUACGAAUGGAGCAAAGUGACAUGCCCAAGUGCUAGGGGACCAGCCGCUCAGGAGGCCGUGUUCCUCAGCACGCAUGAACCUUGCUGCAUGUGCAUCAGCAGUAUUCUUUGGAGUGGCUUUACCAAGGUCUAUUACUUUUUCCCCUACACCGUGACGGCAGCACAAGGCAUCCCCCACGACAUCAACACCAUGCAUGAACUUUGGGGCGUCAAUACGUACCGAAAGCGUAACAAGUACAUGUCCACAAUUUGCCUCAUUGAUUUGGUCAAGGGUUUGGAAGAUUCGGAUGACAAGAAGGAAUUGGAGGCAACUGUUGAACGCCUUCUUGCCUCCUAUGAUACUUUGUCCAAUAAGUAUCACACCGAGAAAAGCAACAAUGCUGACAAUAGUCUUGUUCUUGGUUAGGAAGUUCGUGUCCUUGGAGCUUUGUUGGACGUGUGCAAAGUCCUUCGGGAAGACAACAACGACGAUACUGUGCUCGACAGACCUUUCUAUGGCCUUUAGGAUCGAGAUGUACAAUCAAAUCAAUCAGCUGAAGAUUUUUAUUCAAAGUAGCAAACAUAACGAUUUUAAAACGUAGUAGCUUACCU